CUGGAGCCCCGGUGAAGCCGCCGCGGAGACCCCGCUCGGGAGCCGAGAUGUGUCUGCGCCUGGGUGGCCUGAGUGUGGGUGACUUCCGGAAGGUGCUGAUGAAGACGGGGCUGGUGCUGGUGGUGCUGGGCCAUGUGAGCUUCAUCGCAGCCGCUCUCCUCCACGGCACGGUGCUGCGCUACGUGGCAGCCCCCCACGAUGCUGUGGCUCUGCAAUACCGUGUGGUCAACAUCCUCUCUGUCACUUCCGCCAUCGUGGUCAUCACCUCAGGCAUUGCAGUCAUCGUGUUAUCACGCUACCUCCCCAGCAUCCCUCUGCGCUGGACGGUGUUUAGCUCGAGUGUGGCCUGUGCCCUUCUCUCUCUGACCUGUGCUCUCGGCCUCUUGGCCUCGAUUGCUGUGACCUUUGCCACCCAGGGCCAGGCACUGCUGGCUGCCUGUACUUUUGGGGACCCCGAACUACUGGCACUGGCGCCCGACUGUCCCUUCGACCCCACUCGCAUUUACAGCUCCAGCCUGUGUCUCUGGGGCAUCUCGUUACUGUUCUGCAUGGCAGAGAGUGUGUUUGCUGUCCGCAGUGCCCAGAUCACCCACCAGUUGCUGGAACUGAGGCCCUGGUUGGGGAAAAGCAGCCAUCACAUGAUGCGGGAGAGCCCAGAGCCUGUGGAGGACCAUGACCUGCUGAGCUGCACUAGCUCUGGGCUGAUGACCCUUUGACAGCUGUUGCCUCACCCAAGCCCCGUGGCCACUGGGGCCCUCCAGCCAACUCUGCACUGUGAUCAGGCCAGGAUUCCUGGAGCCAGCCAAGAGGGCUCAGUGCCACUCCAGGCCCCCGGUGGGUCUUUCACCGCUCUCCCCCAGCCACCCAGCCCACUGCACUGAAACGAGACUUUAUUCUGAAGACGUUAAAAAGAACAGAGAUGCUCCACGUGGAUGCAUGCAGCGGGGGAGGGGACUCGGCCGGGGGGCCUGUGCUGCUCUCCCACACAGGACACUGUGGGUGGCGCUCUAGGUGUGUCUGCCCAUCUGUCUGUGGGCCUGUGUAUCUGAGAGAGACAAGACACACAGAGGGGUCCGUGGGUCUGUGUUCAUCAAAAUGCUGAAACGCAGGCGGGGGUUCAUGGGACUCACAGCUGGGGGGGCUGGAAGCAGGAGGUUUUCCUUUUGCAUCAUGGCCUCCGGGCCAACAAGGGCAGGGGCAGGCAAGGUUGAGGCCCUCCUGCAGGGAAGGAUGGCUCAAGGAAGGUUUCUCCUCAAGCCCCCAAACCUCUGGAAUCCUUCUCUCCUCUCCAAAUAAAAAGACAGGC